UUUUAUAUGAAUAACAAUCAAAUAAAUCCUCAGGCUACCAGAUGCAAGUUUAUAGAUUGACAACUUGGUAUUGCCGGGGUUUUUGGUAUGGGAAUAUGGAUAGCUUAAUUGUUAAUGAGAUUUAAAAAAAACUCACCCUCACAAACUUUAUAUGCACAAAGAAUGAGACAGAUAAGGUUGAAUUAUGUCAUACCUCCACUCGAGAGUUUCACAAGUAUUAGGUUCCCUGCUGAGAAGCUACAGGCUCGUACAGCCUCUGAUCUGAAAGAAAUAUAGUUGGGAUUUAUGCCAGCUGGAAACUGGGAAGCACAGUGCAUUACUGAGUGCCGGCCAAAUGCUUCGGGGCAACAUAGACAACAUUUUUGCUCUUUUUUUUUUUUUACAGCUUUGUGUGUUUGACAAACACAACUACAGUCUGAUUUAUUUCAUUAUCGUUAUACUUGCUACCGUACAAACUGUACACCACUGAUGCCAGACGUGACAUUUUAGAUGCGUUACCUCGGAAACAAGGAUCAGCUUGCAUCAGUCUGGUUUCUUUCUCUUUCUCCCUCUUAAAUCAGCCCUGCAUCAAACCAUUCAAUAUUGGAUUAUGUUCCCACUACAAAGCUCCUGCACUCUGUUGGUGGUCCAGGUGCUAUUGUCUCAGUUGGUAACUACUGUACGUGCCAGACACUGGAGAAGAAUAGAAUGCCAUGACUACUGCAGCAAACACGCUUUAGGUUGCUCUAUUGCCUAACACACACAAACACACUGUACAGAGAGAUGUAGACAGUAUAAGAGAAACUGCAAAGGUGUACCUCAUGUGCACAUAAGUAUUUGUUGUACCAGACGCCAGAGAUUGUGAGCUGCAUGGUAAUGCCAGUGAGCCAACGAGACAUUCAGGAGCCGAGAGACAAAAUGUUCAACCCACGACACCAACAACGCCGUGAACUCUUUCUGCGUUGUCGACCCUACAGGGGGGAGCCUCCGGCAGUGGCAGGAUUCCUCCUCUACCCGGACACUCCUGCCAAGAUGGAGACCACGUCACAGGAGGCUUUCUGCUUCAGGCCCGUCCGGCGGCAAGACAGAGCCAAAGGAAACCAUAUCGCCCAGAACACACAGCAGGAGUCCCACUGUCCUCAUGCCACAUCCUCAACACAAACAGGAAGAGGAAACAGCAGCAGCAGCAGCAGGGACGGGGAACCAGGGGAGGGGGCGACAGCGGUGAAAAAUGGACAAAAUACAGAAGAAAUGCAGUCUCAGUAUCAGAAGGAUUUCCCUCCUCAGUCCUCCUGCCGCAGGAGGCGAACGCCAGCCCACCCGCAGCCGGACAACAUCGGCAUCAAUCCGGCCUUCAGGAUCGAGUUUAACACAGUUCAAAGAGAGACUUACCCAGGUUGGACCAUCAUAAACCCCAGGUGUGCCGACAGCCUGAAAGCGGUCUUGUCCGGACAAGCAAACGCGACUUCUGAGAGAUUACUAUGGUAAAAUUCCAUAAUGAAUCCCAGAUUGUUCCUGUGUUAAUGUUAUAAUCAUACAAUACAAUGACAGCAAUAAACAGGAUUUAAUAAAGCAGCAAA